AUGGGCCUUUCGCGCGAGAUUGUUAACAUUCAGGUUGGACAGGCAGGUAAUCAGGUCGGGGAGGCGUUCUGGCAGAAGGUGCUGGAGGAGCACAAUCUGGACAAUGAGGGGCACUACAAAGGAGACCCGACGAGCGAUUCCAUCCACUUGCAACGUGCCGGCGUCUACUUCAGCGAGGUCGAUACUACUGGACCCACGAAGUAUGUCCCUCGCAGCGUCCAGGUCGACUUGGAGGCCGGUGUUUGCAACAGGAUCAAGAAUGGACCUAUGGGCGCUCUGUUCAGACCCGACUCGUACAUCUACGGCGAAGUAGGUGCGGGGAACAACUGGGCGAAAGGAUUCUACACCGAGGGUGCUGAGAUCAUCGACAACAUUCAGGAUGUGAUUCGCAAGCAGAGCGAGGCCUGCGAUGCUUUGCAGGGCUUCCAGAUCGUACACUCCCUCGGUGGUGGUAGUGGCGCUGGUCUCGGUACACUUCUGCUGUCCAAGCUUCGAGAGGAAUACCCGGACCGCAUGAUGUCGACCUUCUCCAUCCUUCCUUCCCCCAAAGUUUCGGAGACGGUCGUCGAGCCGUACAACGCCAUGCUGUCCAUGCACCAGCUUGUUGACAACAGCGACUUGACGAUCUGCAUUGACAAUGAGGCUCUGUACGCUAUUGUCGAGCGCACUCUCAAGAUCAAGCAGCCCAAGUUCUCUCACUUGAACGAGCUCAUCUCGCGUGUUAUGUGCGGCGUCAGCACUAGCUUGCGAUUCCCCGGUCAGCUCAAUGGCGACCUCCGCAAGCUGGGCAUGAACCUUGUGCCGUUCCCUCGACUGCACUUCCUCAUGCCGUCGUACGCACCCAUCUUCAACACGGAGGCGCAGAAGUACACGCGACUCACGACUGCCGACUUGACGUCUGCCCUCUUCGACCGCCACAACUUCCUCGUUGCAUGCGACCCGCGCUUUGGUCGCUACCUCACCGCAGCGACCAUCUACCGCGGCAACGUCGCCUCCCGAGAAGCUGAAGUCGCCGUGCACGAUCUGCAGGUGAAGAAUGCGCCGCAGUUCACUGAGUGGAUCCCGGACAAUGUUUCGGUGUCGCUCGUGUCUGUGCCACCCGCAGGCUUGACGCAGGCUGCUACUUGCCUCGCAAACUCGACAUCCAUCCAGGAGCUCUUCCAGCGGACCGCGGAGACGUUCAGCGCCAUGUACAAGCGCCGUGCCUUCUUGCAUUGGUACACCAACGAAGGCAUGGACGAGAUGGAGUUCUCCGAGGCCGAGUCGAACACCCAUGACCUGAUUUCCGAGUACCAGCAAUACCAGGAAGCCAGCGUCGAAGAUGAAGAACAAUACGAAGAAGAGGGCGAGUAUGAGGAAGAGGCCGCUGACGAGGAAGAGCAAUAA